ACUUCAUCAAUGCGGUAGUAGAGAUGUCAGCUCAGUUCUUGUUGCUGUGCAGUGUACUAGCCCUGCUAGCUCUCACGACCAGCGUGAACCAUUGGAAACUACAGGACGGGGUCAUCAGACCCGUCAAAGGAAAGUGCAUUAUCACAGACAAACUACCAUCUACAGAUGAAGAGGAGAACGGCUCUGAAGUUGAUGAAGGAGAGAGAAAGGACAUUAUAUAUGAUAAGGAACUGUAUCUCUUGAUGACUCAAUCAAAAAAGAGUCAGCAUUUUAUCCCACGUCUAGUUCGUGUUACUCCUCACAAUCUUGAGGAGCCUCUACUGAAGGAAGGAGGGCUGGUAGGAGGGGCCGGAGGAUCCAAUAAUAAUAAAUUAAAGUUACAGAUAACACAGCACAAGGCAGGUAGCUCCUCUUCAAAUACUAAGAGCAAGAAGAAGAAAGAGACAAAAGACAAGAGAGAUCUCUCAAGUGUAUCUCUAACCUGCGGUGAGCCAGUGGAGUCUACACCUUAUGAUUUCCUGGAAGGUGUGGCUCGUCGUGAUCAGUUCUCGAUACACCCAGAGCCUGAUGUAGCGAUGGUUUUUAAAAAGACGACAGAUGACCAGUCGGUUGAUCUAGUUGAAGUUGAGAAACUGUUGAAGAAACUCUUGAAUGAAAAUUCUAAUGAUCCUCAAGUCUUCAAUCAGGUUGGCAACUUGUGGCGAGUGAAAGGUAACACUCUCCUGGCCAUAGAGUGUUUCCGGAAGGCUCUCUCAGUCUCUCCCAAUGACCCUGACGCCCUCAUUAACAUGGCACGGACACUCUAUAAUCUCAAGUUCAUAGACGAUACACUUUUCCUAACCAAGCUAUCCCUCCAUCAUAAAUUCCCAAAGUCAGAAACCUGGCUCCAGCACUAUACACUUGGUGAGGCUUACAAAGUCACUAAAAAGUAUGAAACUGCUGCUGCUUACUUUAAGAAAGCUCUAGAACUGAACCCGAGUCUCAGCAGGGCGGAGGCUCAUCUGAGAGACCUUGAGAGACAGAGCAGUCUUACCAACUUCUACACAGUCAUCAUCAUUCUAUUCUUAGUCUCUUUUGUUAUCAUUAUUAUAUCUUAUCUAAUUUAUGUAAGAAAUUAAAUGUAGAAUAAUUAUAAUACUGAUCAUUAUCACCAUCAUCAUUGCUUUGUUUUUUUAAU